AUGGUGGAAUGGCGGCGCAGUGGUGAUGGAUUAUCGACAGGGCAACCUCCUUCCUUCAAAACAAAUGUCAACCGCCAGAAAACGAAACGAUGGGUAAAUGCAAAGUCCUAUUCGUACGAUGGCGAUGAUUGGGGUGAUGACGAUGGAUAUGAAAAUGAAGAACCUGCGGCUCCACUAGUUACCAUCCCAGAUGAAGCUGAGCAGCCAUCCCCACUCGAGAACCAAAAAAAUGAGCAAAAUAAUCAGGACGAAAUCCCUGCGCAGCAAAGUACAGACCACGGCAUGGCCCCGACACCUCUACAGUUCAUUCGCCCGGCUGACAUAUACAAACGUAUGGAGGAAGAGAGACGAAAGGAGAACCAGGAAGUAGAUCAAGACACUACUCCUAGAGUACCAGUUGAAACAUUACCGGCUGCAACUCCAGCAGACAUUGCUUCAAAAGUACCUGUAUCUGUAGGAAAUCCCCAGCUGCAGCAAUCCCUUGAUCAGAGUGACGGGUUGCAGUCACAUUCGAUGGAGAACCGGUCCCAGUCACCGGGUGGGGGGACGCCAGUUUCUCCAACACUCCCUGUCCAGGGGCCUCCUACUUGCGAACCUGCGGAUUGGCCGACGGGAGAUUUAUCUACUUCAAAAGGCCAGGAUAGUAGCGGACCAAACGAAGAGAGACAAGAACAACAACCGCGAGCCGAUAACACUGAAUUACAUCAUAACUCGUCUCUUGGUUUCCGCUCUGUUGUCCGUCAGGCGUUCGAUGCACGCCUUGAAGCCCCAAUCACAACAUCAGGCAGCAUCCUCAGAUCAGAUAGUGCCAGUACCUCCGUGAUCAGCCCAAUAAUUCAGUCCCAACCUGUCUCCAGAUUUGGAGAUGAACAUGCCCAAGGACCAUCAUCCACCGAUCAAUCCCCAACCGUUGAUAAAGAACCUGCGGAUUUUAAACAUCAUCAGAGGCGGAGUUUGUCCCCGCCCAGCUCUAGAAGUAGCCCUGCUCGAAAGCCUAUUGCUCAUGGAGUAUCCGCAAUUAGCACACAUGAAGCCAAAGCGUCUGAUACCCAAGAUGGAAAACCCCAUGUUCUACCUUCUCAUACGGCAUCGGACUUUAAUAUCCAUAAAGCAGCAGCGGCACAAUCAUCAUUCCCAGAAAGUGCGCCUACAGUACCUAAAAGUGACGACCAGCGUACAUCACCACCAGCUAGCCCGGAUGUCCUUCAGCAGCCUACGGAGUCGCCUACGGUCACGCUUGAUACGGUCGAGAGUCCCCAAAUGCCUUCGGCGCUUAAUGUAGGCAGUGGAGAAAAACGACUUUCACUAGCGCAAUACGAUCGGCCUGCACCAGGAAAUGUCUCGCCGUCUAGCCCUGAGAAUGUGUCAUUGGGUGUUAAUGAUCGCCUGAGAGAUGAAAUCAUGCGGUCGCUGACUCCGCGAGCUUCGAUUGACUCUCAGGGACAAGCACAUGCAGGUGGCGGUUCCAACCCUAGCUUAGAAGCUGGACCUGACAACCCUUCAUCGGAAGGUCUAGGUACCGCCGCCUCACCUUCUAAUCUACCUCCACAAACCCCUGAUAUGCAAUCAACUCCUGUCGCCCCAAGCUUCCCGGGUCUUGGUUCUGAGCACAACUCCGAUAUUUCUGGCCAGAAAGAGCCUGCCAAAACGUUAAAGAAACGGUUCUCCUGGGAAGAAUCGUCCGUUGAGGACAAUACCCAGGACCCGCAGGAACAUCAGCAAUUGACCAUUGAUCAAGCUACCGCUUCAGAUACGACACAGCCAUCAUUGGAAGAAAAGACACCAACUGGUCCGGUACCCGUAAGUCGAGGCCACGAUGAACAAGACCCUGAGAGAAGCGCAUCUACGACUUAUAGCCAGGCGGCUCUCACUCUAAGCCCCACUAGGACUGAAGUAAUCCCUAGCCAAAAUGUGGCAGAACAUGAAACCAAGUCAGUUCAACCACCUGACAGUCUGCUUCUCCAGCCAGCGCCUGCUGCUAGUUCCCCUAGUACUCUUGUUCAUCCUCAGCCUGCUUCUCACCCCCCAGCGACCCAAGAUCCGAAAUUGCUCGGUUUCCGUCAAAUAAUGGCCAUAGAAAAGCCCGGCGACAAGAUUAAAACAUUCGAGAGGACGAGGAAGCAAUUCGCAGAUAUGGACACAGGGUUAUCAUCCUGGAUAAAAGCAACAGCCAGCUCAAACCCCGAUCACGAGGACUUGGCUCAGCGAAAUGGCCGCCUCCCACCGGGAACUACGUUUACGCAUCGACCUAGCACGUCGCGGAAUAAGUUCCCGAAGCUCACUUCUUUAGGUCCCCUUUCUCUCCCAACGUCCCACCACGAGGGAUCUCCGAUGACCACGCCGACAUCCGCCGCCGGAAAUACACGACAUGGAUCCAACGCCAACCAAUUCGCCACGAAAAUCAACACGCAGCAGGUUCAGGCCAAGGGUAAGGAUUUGCUGCACACCGCUGGUGUACUAGGUGGAAAGGCUGGGGGGGCAGCAAAAGGGCUUUUUGCCAAAGGGAGGAGCAAAUUCCGCAACAGCAGCAGUACUGAUAAGGUAGAUACUUGAAAACCAUUCUCAUUGUUCGUCGGAGUUUCGUUCUAUUAUUUUUCUCAUUAUUUCAAUCCGUCGGGAGGUCAAACAAGGGCUUUUAUUUUGACUUAUUCUUCGAAUUUCGGGCGUGGCAAGGCCUUUUGUCUACCCUUUGUUUUCGCGUUUUGCGAGCUCAAUUUGAGCAUGUAUCGCUUUUCCUACUUUCCUACUUUCCUACUUUCCUAUAUAUAUCUUUUAUUAUCAAUUUCUUUUUUUCUUUUCUCUGCUUCAAAUUUGCCUUUUGCAAAUCAAUCUGUAUUGAGGAUCCCAUAGCUCUGACCCCGCGAUUAAACAUGUGCGCGGAGAUUAUAUGACACAUUUGUUAUUUCC